UGAUUCUGUCGUGCGCGCGCCAGGCCAAACGCGUUCGGGAGUUGUUGAUGACCAGCCGAGGGAUGUUGCCAUCUGCUAUGAAGCCACCAUUCUGCAAUCUGUCCUCUUGACACCGUCCUUGAACAUCUUCUGCUGUAUUUUGCUCUUGCCCAUUGGAAUAUAGCAAACAUGGGCGACUUCACGCCGCAGCAGCGCAAAAAGGUGCUCCGCGUGCUGGUGAUCUCGUUGAUCUUGGACCUGAUCUCCUUCACCUUCAUCCUACCGCUGUUCCCCAAACUGCUCGAGUUCUACCGCAAUGUCGAAACGCAAUCCGACUCUACGCUCCUGGCCAAGGUGCUGUACGGGCUGAACGCGUACAAGAACUCCUUCGCCAAACCCAUCAACGACCGCUACGACAUUGUGCUGCUGGGCGGCGCUCUGGGCUCUCUCUUCUCCCUCUGCCAGGCCAUUGUGUCGCCGGUGAUUGGCAUCCUCUCCGAUCGCUAUGGCCGCCGUACCGCCUUGCUGUGCUCCAUGUGCGGCAACAUCGCCUCCGUGGCCUUGUGGUGCGCGGCCACCGACUUCCGCACUUUCCUCGCCAGUCGCAUCGUGGGUGGGUUGAGUGAAGGCAAUGUGCAGCUCGCGCUGGCCAUUGCCACCGAUAUCUCUACCGACCAGGACCGUGGUAAGACCAUGGCCCUGGUGGGCGCGUGCUUCUCCAUUGCCUUCACCUUCGGACCAGCUCUGGGAGCGUGGCUCUCCUCGAUCAGCACCGUUGCCGCCAAUCCCUUCGCCACCGCCGCCGGCGUGUCGCUUGCCCUCAUCGUCACCGAGACCGUCUACCUCUACUUCGCCCUCCCCGAAACCCAUCACGCCCAUCAGUCUGCCGGAGAAGACGCUCGUAGGAAGAAGGAGAAGGCAACAUCGAAUAACAACCCGCUCGAAACCCACACGCGAACGAACUCCCACAUUCUCCUCAACAUGACCCACUUCACCUUCAUCCUCUUCUUCUCCGGUAUGGAGUUCUCCCUGCCCUUCAUGACCUACGAUCUGUUCUCCUACGGCAGCAAGCAAUCGGGCAAGAUGCUAGGAUACAUUGGUCUGGUGGCUUCUCUCCUGCAGGGUGGUGUGACUCGGCGCAUGCAUCCUCUGCGAGUAGUUCAGCUCGGUGUCGUAUCCGCCGCGGUGGCAUUCUUCCUGCUGUCCAAGACGCAGACCGAGAAACAGCUGUACAUUGCCGCAACAUUGCUGGCUGUCACGAGUUCUACAGUGGUCACGGGAUUGAACAGUCUGAGCUCUUUCGAGGCCAGCAAAGACCAAAGAGGAGAAAAGCUGGGCAAUCAUCGCAGUUUUGGACAAGUGGGAAGAGCUUUGGGACCAUUGAUCUUCUGCUCGCUAUACUGGUGGGCAGGCCGAGACGCAGCAUACCUCGUUGGAGGCUCCGGCAUGGUCGCCGUGUGCGGACUGGUAUUUGGAGGAUUGAAGGCGCCAGCGGGCUUGGAGGUGAAGAAGCCGAAGAAAGAGUCGGCAAAUGGCACAGCACUGAAAUCCAACGGGAGUGCGAAGAAGUCUUGAUCGUAACCAUUUUCGGUAGUCCUGAUCUAGUGUAUAUAUUCUUGCAGAACCAGUCGACCUGUACAGUACAAUCCAGAGCCUCCUCAUCUAUACUUCGCAUUCAUAUAUCUCGUCAAUCGUGCUCGUUGCGUCCUGUGCAAACUGCGUAGGAUAUCUGCCCGCCAUCAUUGAGCUGUAUCAGAAUGCAAGUCCUGUAUCCCACCAACUGCUGCCCGUGCGCCACCUAACCAAAUCUUUCCACAAAAUCCAAUCUUGCCGAUCAUCUGCUUGCCCCCAACCCAAUAGUCGCAAAGGACUGAUAAUCAGUGGCUCGUACAACCAUACCCCACCUUUGGCGAAAUCGUCCACGAGGAGCGGAGCAGUGAAGUACAUCCAGACGAUGACAAACAAAAG